UUAUACCUAUAGGGAACUGGUGUAUGCGUUGGAUUAUUCCAAUUUAUAAGUACUUUUUUUGUCAAGUAAUUAGAAUGACAAUAUGUCGGGAUGGAUGCUUCUGUUAAUUUUUUCAUGUGCUGUUUGUAGUAAGUAAUCGACGACGUCAUUUCUAAAUGCACCGACUUAUGUAGCAUAAAGAAAAAUACACUUUAUCAAGAAGCAAAAAUGCUAAUACACAAAACAAAGUAACCAGAAUCAUUCUUGCUAAAAAAAUUGAGAAAAAAGUACCGCAACUUUUUUAUUAAAAUAGGAAACUAUGGAAACAAAUGUAAAAAAAUAUAUAACUAGUCUGCUUACAUCAACGCCUUUAGUUGUGACAAUACAACAAUUGAGUAAGGAUUAUAAAAAUACUAUAGGGGAGCCAGUACCUUAUCAAAAAUUAGGCUAUAAUUCAUUAGAGCAUUUCUUGCGUUCUAUCCCAGACACUGUUCAGGUAAAUGGAUCAGGACCCAUAGCUCAAGUAAUUCCCGUUGCAUCUGCAAAAUCUGCUCAUGUUAAUCAGCUUGUUACUAAGCAGAAAAUUGUGAAAAAUAAAAAAAGCCAUUUUGCUGUGCAGAAACGGACGAAUAUAUACCCUUCUGGAAGCAGCUAUUUUCCUAACAAAAUUGAAAAUGUCUCACAAACGUCUAAGAAAAUGUAUUAUCCUACUAAUAAUUAUAUUUCCUCCCUACCAAAAUAUUCCUCAUACCCUACUCCUACAUACAGUGGUAAACAUCAGUCGGACAAUUUGCUUAAUAAUUAUGAACACUCUACAUCAGGCAAAAAUAAUUCGUCAAAAUGUGCUCCUCCAAAAGAUAAUGACGUAUUAAAAAAUCAGUCAAACAUAGUGGAAGCUGUGAAAGAUUCAAAUAAAUUUGAGAAGAAAAUUUUGGAAGAAACCCCAUUAAGUAGUUCAACCUCUAGAACUUCAAGCGUUGCCAAAUGGGUGAGUAACUCAAAAAGAAUCGUAAACGACUUGGAGAAUAUUUCCAUGGGUCAGCUAGAAAAUAGUGUUCCUAUACAAGUUAGGAAUAAUUUGAGAACUUUGAUCAGGCAGUGUCCAGAAGGUAUUUGGUGCACAGAGGUUCCUGAAAAAUACAGGAAAAUGUUUAGACAAGACUUGAAUUACCAAGAAUUUGGAUUCAAGAGUCUAAUCCACCUGUGUGUAUGUCUCUCCUCUAUAUUUCACUAUGUAAGGCCUUCGACUGAGGACUAUAAAUUAUACGACAGGAGUCGACCACUGCCGGAUUGUGCCGAAAAGACAUAUACCAUGGCCAGCUACAGUUCUAAUAGCAAAAGUAAUUCUGAGAUAGAUUGUGGUGGCGCUUUACCAAGUGUAGAUUGGACGGAUGUAAAAAUAUUCCUUCCAUCCGAUAUAUUCGUGCCAGGCAAGGAGAUACCCAGGACAUUUGUCUCUCAGGAUGUGCAAGAAAAUGAUGAAAUUGACGUUGUGGUCGGAGAAAUUUAUGACCUCUCUAAAUUCUGGGUGUACAAAUACGAUUCACAGCUAGACGUUUUAAUGAACAGCAUACAAAAGUUCUACAGGGAGCAUGCUGAGGAAUAUCUUAUUCCGGACCAUUUAAUAAAGGAAGGUGUCUAUUGCGUCCAGGUUAUUUUCGGAGAGUAUCACAGAGCUUUAAUUGUUGAUACAAUGCCAGAGCUAGAAGACAUGGUUAGGGUAAUAUUUGUUGAUUAUGGCACCAUGACCAAGGUUCCCGCCAAAGGCCUGUGUUUCUUACACAUCAAAUUUAGUGAACUAGAAGCCCAAGCCAUAAGGUGUAGGCUCGCCAACGUCUUCCCUCUGGAAGAGGGAGCGCCCUGGACUAGAGAGGCAUGCAGAGCAUUCAGAAAAAUGACCAUCCACAGGUGUAUAACAGCGAAGAUCAGCCACAUAAACCGGAAAGAGCAAUACUUGGAAGUGUACCUGGCGGAUGUGACGGAGGAGGACAACAGUUUUUAUAUAAACGACAAGCUAGUCAAAGAAGGUUUUGCUCAACAACACCAUAAGGAGAGGAGACAACAUAUCAUAGCCCCUUUAUUCACGCCAAUAGUCAAAUAUUUACACUUAUUCCCGACAUUCUUGGAACUUGAACAUGGCCAAGCGCCGUCCACUGCCGAAAUGGAAGUUUUCCACAAAUGUAACGUCCCCAUAAAUUUCCUCUACCCACAGUACUUCUGUGUUGACCACAGUCAUGAGGAAACCAUUAUAAAAGUGUCGGAAGAGUUUCAUGAGAAGUACUGCAUUAAAGAGAAACGCAGAAUUCCCUACUCUCAGUAUUUCGACAGCGAAAUGUUCAAAACCCAAGAGCUAGAUUUGUCAAUUUUCGGGAAACUCCAGAACGAAAUAGUACAUUUUCUCGAAAAAUCAGUAACGGGGGAUCAUAGUUGUAUUAACUGUGAGGAUUUCGUAGAUGCCGAUGAAGACUUAAAGCAGGAGCAAGAAAGUUAUCCGACGGAUUUGAAUUUGCUGGCUGAACAACUGAAGCAGCUUAAUACGAAGGAGAAAGAAACUGUAAAUGUACUUAAGAAGGAUCUAAUAGUAACGGAGGAUAUUAUGAAAGAUAUUAACAAUAUUUGCAAGUUUGAAGCACCUGGCGAGAUUCCUACAAACGAACCUGAACCGUGCCAUAACACUGAUAGAAGGAGCAAUUUGGAUUUUAUAAAAAGGGAACAGCAAGAUAAUGCGAAGUGUUCCAUGUUAUAUGAAAGUAAAGAAAGUGUAAAUUGUCCUGUUGUAAAAAUGGAAUCACUUAAUGACUCGAAUGACAUGGAAAGCAACAUAGAUUUAUCUAACCAUCUUUUAUGCACGAUGACAUUUGAAGACAGUCCGCUUUCAGAUGAAGAAAAUGCUAGCAAUGGGAAUUCUGACCAACUUAGUGAUCACAGUUACGAUUUACAGUUGCCUGAAGUUCACUUACAUAGUAUUAAAAUAUCUCUUUUACCGGAAGAUCACCCUUUGUCUAUCAUAAACCGAUUAAAGGCAGAAUCGGAGCUCAAAAUUCAAAGUUUCCUGGAUGAUGAGUUAUUUAUUGAUGUGGAAAGCAAUGAUCAAGAAUCCGUCAAUGUGCAUGGUACAGAAACUGAAAAUGAAUCAGUUCUUCAAGAGAGUACCACCACUUGCACGAAUCCCUUCCUUAAAGACUUAAAUGGGAUCGCAGAUACUGAAAUAGACAUGACUAAGCUAAAUCCGAAUAACCCAUUCUUGCACUUCCUCCAGGAUGACGACAAGAGCUCGACAGGAAGUUCCUCAUCUACCGUGUAUGAAUCUCCCAUAGUGGUGACACAGCACAGCUGGACUAGCUUCAAUGAUAUAACCGCUGAAACGAUAAGUCAGCUCGGCAAGUCCCUGCGCAGCAGUUCCAGCUGCACGAGUUCUAUAAAAAUGUCCGACGAUUAUCGGAGUUGCUCCACGCAAACUUCUGAUCAACAGAACAAGGCUAUUCAG